GUGAAGAAGGCAGCUGUUGAAAUAGUUCGAGACUUAACUGGAUCCGAGGAUGGGUUACUGUCUCUUUCCAAGUAUGCCAGUACUAUGCUUCCUUCAUUAUCUCAGCUUCUUAAGGAUAAAAAGGUACAUUCUUUUACUUGUUGGAAGACGCUAAGUGCAGUCGCAAAAGGGGAACUGCAUUCAUCCCCGCACUACAAUGCAUGGCUGGCCUUGCAUGUGGGGGAAUUGUGCGGAUGAUUGCGCGACUGCAGUUUUGCAAAGUUUUGCAUUAGAGGUUUCUGAACCUGCAGCAGAAGCUCUUAUUAAUCUUUCACUCAACUCGAAUUUAGCUGCAAAGAUGGUUGAAAUGGGGAUGAUUAAAGCAGCCAUGGAUGUAUUGUAUAAACCAGAUAGUAGCAUUACUCGGUUGCUGGUAAUGCUACUAGUUAACCUUACUCAAUUGGAUUCUGGUAUUGUUUCCUUGCUUCAGAUUGAGGAUGAGAAGAUGCAAGGGCUAUUUGUUAUGAAGCUGGUGAGAUCAUUUUGUAGAUCCUCUGACGAAACUAGAGAUGAUCCGUUUGAUCAUGUUGGUUCCAUUCUUGUGAACAUUUCGAAGAAAGAAGCUGGAAGGAAGAUGUUACUAGACUCUAAGAGAGGGUUGCUGAAGCAGAUUCUCCGACAAUUUGAUUCAACAAGUCCAUUACGGAAGAAAGGGGUUUUUGGAACACUCCGCAACUGUUGUUUUGAAGCUGAGAAUCAACUUCAGAAUUUGCUUUUGAUAUCUGAGUUUCUUUGGCCAGCUCUACUUCUUCCUGUUGCUGGUAAAAGGAUAUAUAGUGAAGAAGAUGCAUCAAAAAUGCCUCUUGAGCUUGGCAAUGUACUCUCCUUUGAGCGUGAACCAUGGGAUGAUCCUGAAAUUCGUGUUGAAGCAUUGGAAUCUAUAUACUUAAUCACAGUGCAGGAGGCAGGUCUAAGAGCCUUUUGGUCUAUGAAUGGACCACGUAUAUUACAAUUUUGGUACGAAGACGAGGAAGAUCCUAAAGUAAUGGAAGCUUAUGAGCGAGUUGGCUCGUUGCUGGUUCAUGGCAGUGAGACAUCAAAAUGAUGGUCCAUUUAUGUAUGAUCCAAAUCAAAUUGGCAUCAAACUGAUUGUCGCUGUCAGCUGCCAGAGGAAAGAAUAUUGUACCUGUAAAGUUCAUUGAACUCGAACCAUUUUUGGUGAUGUAGCCUGUUAGGGAACAGUUCCUAGGAUUUUCAAAUAUAUAGGAUAAACCAGAGAGGAAAAAAACAGCAUUGCUCAGUUUUGAAUUUUA